GAGGAAACUGGGUGAGUGGAGGCUGGGGCAGGGCAUGGUCAUGCCCGCUGCACUGUGAGAGUGGAGCAGCCGCUGGGUCCGCCAUGCGCCCGCAGCGCUGACAUGGGCGCCAGCGGCUCCAAAUCUCGGGGCCUCUGGCCCUUUGCCUCCACCACGGGGGGCGGCAGCCCCGAAGCGGCAGGCACUGAGCAGUCUUUGGUGCGGUCUCGAACCCGAGCGGUGCCCCCCUUCGUAUUCACGCGCCGCGGCUCCAUGUUCUAUGAUGAAGAUGGGGAUCUGGCUCACGAGUUCUAUGAGGAGACAAUCAUCACCAAGAAUGGGCAGAAGAGAGCCAAGCUAAGGCGGGUCCAUAACAAUCUGAUUCCUCAGGGCAUCGUGAAGCUGGAUCUCCACCACCCCCACCCCCCCCCGAAUCCAUGUGGAUUUCCCUGUGAUCCUCUAUGAAAUGUGAGCCUGUGGCAUGGCAGACACAAGCACCCACUACCCCAGCAAGAAACUCCCAGACUCAAAGUGUAGCUUCCAUUCUGGAGUCCAGGCUGGUGCCACAACCCUGAAUAAACUAAACUCCGUUGGCCCAGAA